AUGCUGUCAACCUCCUCGAGCCCUCGUAGCUACGGGAAACGAAAACCAUUGAUUCCAAGCUCAACUACAUGUGCUAAUGAGCGGUCUUCUGAUGACGGUCUCUUUGCUGCUCAUGACACCAACUCAAUGACCAAACCCACACCGUUACCUCCUCCAGCGACGCAUGAAAGUGAGAGUACAACCACAAAAAAGUCAUUGAAACGGCAUGAAAGUUAUUCUUCGCUUGAUGACGAGGCAUUACUGGAGUCUGUUAUGGAUGAAAAGUCAACCAGUGAAUUAUUGGAUGUGUUUGGAGAGCGGCUUGAACAAGAGAUGGAUGCCAUUGAAGAUAGUGAAGCAAUACAACAAUCAAGAUCAGCUGAGCAUCAAGAGACAUGUGUUCGAGCAAUGUAUAUGGGAGCUGCAUCAUCCAGUGACAAGCACUUGGUUUUCUCCAAAGUUGCUCAAACGCUGAUGCUUUGUCACGAUUAUACACCUUGCAACGUGUUCAAGGAGAGAAAGCGACACAUUAGAAGGUUAAUGGCUGGGGAAGAAAGUGAUAAUACCAUUGUGGAUGCGUAUGAAGACAGUGGUCUCUCCAUCAUUGAAGCAGACUUUACAUGGUCAACUGGAAGACGCAAACAGGCUCUGCCUUAUGUGCGACAGCUCCAAGGAUUGAGCAACAAUGGAUUGUCCAUGGUUGAUAUGAAAGAUGAGGAAGAGCAUGAGGAUGAUGAGGAUGAGUUUAUUACCUUUGCUGGAAAGAAGCAAGUUGAUCUAUGCUUUUACUUUUUUGAAGAUCGGCAGUAUAAUGCUGUGGUUGAGGAAGACAUGGCUACAUUAUGGGAGAUUCAGAAAUUGGGUGUACCUAUCCUUCCCCUUCUUACAAGUGCUGCAAUCUCGGAUGAUGAUAGUGGUGUUGGUGUGGUUGAUAGACGCAUUCAACUUGCUGAUAUGCUCACGCUUUACAGAGUGCAAUGUGUGGAAUUCCCAAUGCUGCUUGAUAUUGGUCCCAUGCCAUCUUUUGCUACCCAAUUCAAAGAUCAACCUCUUCUUAUCUUGUCAAUCGAUCAAUUUAUUGCCUUGGAACGACGUACAGUGCUCGGGGUUUUGCAUCAGCAAUCUUCCAUACCUCAAGACAAAAAGGAACCUAUGAACGAAUGUUGCCAUCAUCCACCACAUACAGCUGAUAAUAUCCCAUCAUCAGUACCAACAACACCCAAACAACAUGAUCGUAAACGGCGUUUUCUCAAACACCAAACAGUUUUCUGGCUCAUUCUUAUGAUUUCAAAUGUCCUUUUAUCCCUGAUUUUCCGAAACGUUGCUCUUCGACAAGAACCUCCCAAAUCAUUUGCUUCACUCGCCAUGCUACACGACGACGACAAUAGUAUCAUCAUUGAAAUUGAGCUUGCAUCAAGUACAGGAGCAUACAAAACACACCAUAACCUCUUUGCAUGCGAUGAUGGCCCGCUGGCAACCUUGGAAAUCCACCAGGGUUACGCAAAAGUUAUACCACUACAAGGACAACAAGGUGACAAUACCCAUUGCUCCUCCUCAUCUCAAAAUACAUCAUCAUCAUCAUCUUCAUCUACUACAUCCACCGAAACACCCGAAACCGAUAUCACUGCAAGCCGAUGGGACAAGAUUGUGCAAACUACCCAAUUUUUCCUUCAUCAUUACCCCAAGUUAUUAGAUAUCAUGUUUACCAAAGCUCAUGCUUGA